AUGCCCCAUCCAAACCGCCAUGAACCUCGCCAGAUCAUACAGAGCACGAGCUAUGAGCGCCGUAUACUCGGGGCGCCGCCCACUGGUCCAAGGCUCCCCGCCUUGGUUCUUCCUGAGAGAAGCGCAGAUCCACGACAUAUGUUCUCAUCCGACAAUCCCUACUUGAACACACAACCUAUGCCACAAUCGCCACCUCUGCAAACAUAUCAGCAACCCCCAGGAAGCUCUGAUGCCCGCGGUUAUUACAACCCAUUUGAAGAGAGAAUAUAUCCAACUUCGAGCCAUGCCCGUGACUACGAUAGUCACCGGAGCUGGACAUACGACGUGGAGUCCCAGUAA